AUUUCCGUCACCUUCCUAACCGCACUUCCACCACAUAUGACAUCCGGUCACCGCCACUAGACCGCCGCUAUUUUCGUGAUAGCGCCAUAGGAUUAGGUGUGGGUCAGCGUUUACCUAGGGCAGCACCGAACCACCCCAACAACUCCGUCGUCGUCUCUACCUUCGCGGCGCCAACACUCGGAAUCGUGACAGUAGCCGCCGCAGCUCGCAAUGGUUCCACCUCGCGAUGGCCACGGAGGUGCUGACGUGGCUGAUGGCGCCAUGGAUCGAGGGGAGAAGAUGCGAGAGGAAGGAUGCGAGCAGAAGCAGGGCUCGCAGCAGCGGCGAGAAAUGGGCGCGCACGUUGACGGGCCCGCCAUGGUGCACGACUCGAGCAAGGCUGAUGGGGGGUCAAGCAUAGCGCCAACUGCCGUCGCGGUCAACCUUCCGCCAGAUGCCCGCGCGAGUGAAGGCGGGCAGGGGUGCGGGGAUGCGGCGAAGGAGACUGCGCGCAGCGUAGAUUCAACGAGGGCGACAAGCGCGGAUGGUGGGGAUGUGGUGACGGGCGAGGUUGACGCUGUGAAGGUACCGUGUCCCUCGCACACACAUGGCUGCACCGCGCAAGUGCCACUUCCUGCAGUCAGUGGUGCAGCAGCGGAGUCGUUCACCUUGGGGCUGGUGCGCGGCGGGCACAUGCAGGACGCGGGUCUGAGCAGGAUAUACGCGCUGCACCCGGGCGCCACUCUGCUGCUGUCCAGUUCCAACGACAGCACCAUCACCCUCUGGGACAUCAACCGCCACCACUGCGCCUCCCCCUCCUCCUCCACUCGCCGCCGCCGCGUGCAGGCCUCAGGCUCGCCCAGUGACACUGUGCCACGUGUGGUGUGUGAGCUGGCGGGCGUGCACCGGCAGGGCAUAUUCGGCAUGCAUGAGAGGGGCCUGCUGGUGGCCGCGGCGUCCAAGGACAAGACCGUGUCUGUCAGCCGCGUGGGGCCCACAGCCCUCACUCUCGACCGCGUGCUCGCCCACCACGAUGCAGCUGUGCGCGCUGUGCACCUCCGUGACUCGCAUGUGUUUGUGGAUGGGGCAGCGGAUGGCAGCAUGGCGGUGGUGGACAUGAGGGCAGCGGCACCCGUUGCCAUCGCCAUGGGCCACUGCCAUGCCACUCAAGUCAACACCGUCCACUGGCAGCCCACAACUGCCCUCCUCUCAGGGACCGACGGCAGCAGCACCACUGGUGUCAGCAGCAGCAGCGGCAGCAACAUAGUGGUGUCAUCCAGCUUUGACCACGCAUUGCUCGUGCACGACAUCCGUGUGCCUGCCACUCCUCUCUUCGCCCUCUCUGGCCACCACAGAUAUACUGGCUCACUGUCAACUAGACCUUCCAAGCAAAUAGUGCGCCCCGCGUUUGUUGAUGGCGGCAGGUUUGUGGUAGUGCCGGUGCCGCUCCAAGGAGGCGGUGGUGGGAGCGGUGUGGGGUGCCGCGUGGCCUUGUACUCCAUGGACACGGGCAAGCUGGUGAGCUGUGGCACUGCGCAUGUGCACGCCACUCUUGCAUUCGCACUGGACAGCACUGGAGCAGCAAGGGGCGGAGGUGAGGCUUUGCGUGAUGUUUGGCUAGCAGGUGCAUCUGUUGCUCAGUUUAGACCCCUGUGGUGAGUUACACCCUUGUGUGUCCGUAGUUCAGUGUGUUUGUUGGCUUUAUUGUAAUGAUAU